CCCGGCCCAUUGAUGUACUAGUCGUUCCUUAAACCGGUCCUUCUCUGAUCCUCGUGAUUCCCGGUGUAGCCUUGACUCUCGUCUGUUCCCGGUAUCCUGUAUCCGGUUCCGGCUUUCCCUCUCCCACCCAACAGAACCGGCUUGGGCUUUCGGGAUGCAUCCGAGCAGCAAGCCCUCGCUCUCUUUGGACUCGUUUGACCAGCGCACCACUGUUAGUGUAGCCGAGCAGCGCGCCCCGGUCAGCCUGGGUCGCACCAGUCCAAAUCGGUUGAGAAUCUCAAGCGAAGAGGUCACACCGAGUGGGUCCAGAUUUGGUCCUACGUUUCGAUUGACCCAUGGGGGGCGUGCUGGACCCAUUGCAUCUGAGGGCCGCAGUCCGUUGACGGCUACCCUCGCGGCUUUAAUGCGAAAUGCCGAGGCAAAUGCGGCCCCUCGGCGAGUCUUCGAUGCCAAUCGAGGUUUUUCCCCUGUGAGUAUGGAUCUACCCGAAUCGAGUUUGGUGGCCUUGGGACCGGCUUCUGACUCGUCUUUGACGGAUUCGACGACCCUUGAUGAGGGUCCGGGAAUGCACCCCUCAUCCCAAUUGUUAGGUGACACGUUCUUGAGUGCGGAGGGCUCGUCACCUAAUCGGGGCUCGAAGAAAGGUCGGAAACGGGCGCGUGAGGAUUCGCAAGACAACUCCGAUUUUCGGGGUGUGACGUCGCCGUCAGUCCAAUUGGGCACCUGGCUUAAUUCGGCAUGUAAAGAAGGUUUUGUCUACACGCUAGACGCGCCCACUUCCGGCUUUGUGCGCCACGGCGAAGAUUCGCUGACGUACCUGAACAAGGAUCAGUUUUACGGAUUAACAUUGGAAUAUUGCGCCUCCGAACAAUGGGCCUGUCCAUCGGAUACUGCUGUCAGCAUAAUUAUGCUCCAAUUUCGUGAGAAAAAAGAACGCGAAGAGGCCCGAAAUCAUUGGCGGUUCUGGCAAAAACGACAGCAUUCCAGCCAAACUCGAUUGCUCGAUUUGGACAUUAAAAACUCAUCAGGUGUGUCGAUCCCCUUUAACGAAAUAGCUCACAAUGCCGUCAUGAUUUGCUGGCAGCCUCGCGUGGCUGCGGCUCAAGUGCAGGUGGCCAUUCGAUGCCUUUCCACGGAUUUCAGCUCUCAAAAAGGGGUGAAAGGCAUCCCCUUGCACAUCCAGGUUGACACUUACGAUGGCGAAAAGCCCAACGGGCUGGUCGAUCGUGCCUUCUGCCAGAUUAAGACUUUUUGCGACAAAGGAGCCGAAAGAAAAACUCGCGAGGAAGAGCGCAGAAUGAUGAGAUCUGGUUCAUCGUCCAAUUUCACCUUCCAACCCCAGCCUCAAUCCUUGUUUCAAAGAGCCUUUGAUCUAGUCACCGAGCCUAUCCUCUACGACGCAUCGAUGACACCUUCACCAGCGUUUGUGGUCACCAAUAAUGUGGCGGGCAUGGGGGACGACCUUUCGGAUUCGCCCGAUAUUCUCCCCAGCCCUGUGCUCGCCGAGAGAAUUAGCGAGGCUCGAGACACUCAUCAUGGCCUGGGUGAUCAUUCGGAGGAGUCUUCUCGGGCGAAAGGAAACAGAGUCAUGCUCUAUGUUCGUCAAGACGAAGAAGAAAUUCUUACCCCUGUCCACGUGGUCCCCCCUUCGGCCCCGGGACUUAUUCGUGCCAUAGCAUCGAAAUACGUGCUAGAUGCCAUUGACGUCCGAUUUUUGUUUCGUCGCACUCACAACGACCUGUUGGUCAAAAUGGACGACGAAAUGAUUCGUCACUACGUCGACGGAGAUGUGUUCAUCAUGAAAGUGCUGUCAACUCGUGAUAUUGGAAACGGGAAGGAAUUUUUUGAUAUCAUUUUGGAAGAUGCCAUUCUACAGAAAGCGGGUGUGAACACUCUUUCUAAACCUGUGGUCAAAUCUAAAGCCAUCAAUCGAGACCAAACCCUUUCCCCAUUAAGUGCCAGCCAGCCUCGUGAAAGUUCUCCCACUCGAGAAAGUCCACCACGAGACUCUGGGUGCUCCAAUUGAAAUUUACCAAAUUGGAACAAUUUUAUCCAAAGAAAAGGAGACAUCCUUGUGAUAUUAUUAACUAUUUUCCCUGUUACCAAGCGAACCAACUCAUCAGUAUUAUGACACCUAUUGCGUGUUAUGACCAGGAUAUUUUUGAUACUCUCAGUACCAAAUAUUGGUUUCUGUAAUCUCUCACUUUAAGCCUACUACCCGAAUAUUUAACUCUGUUGAAUGGUAUUGUUGUCCAUCGCAAAUGCAUCAUGAAUGCGGUAAAAGGAAAAUGAUUAAAGAAAUGAAAAAAAAGAA